AUGGAGGUAUGGAGAGCGGUGAUGGUAGCGCUGGCGGCUGGAGCCAUGGGCCGACCACAGGCGAAGGUACACGAAGAGCUGGAUCCUCUUGUGGUGAGGACGAGGUCGGGGCUCAUCCGUGGCGUCGAGAAGACGGUCAUCGGGAGAGACGUACAUGUUUUCACUGGCAUCCCUUUCGCCAAGCCCCCUCUGGGGCCUCUGAGGUUUCGCAGGCCGGUACCCGUUGAACCUUGGAACGGAAUAUUAGACGCUACGCAAUUGCCCAACUCCUGCUACCAGGAAAAAUAUGAGUACUUCCCAGGAUUUCCAGGAGAAGAGAUGUGGAAUCCCAACACGAACCUGUCCGAGGACUGCCUUUACCUCAAUUUAUGGGUACCCCAUAAGGUGAGGCUGCGGCAUAAGGGAAAUCAAGAAGGGUAUCUUCAAAAAGCACCCAUUUUGGUCUGGAUCUACGGCGGUGGCUACAUGAGUGGCACAGCAACGCUGGACGUUUACGACUCGAACAUUUUCGCAGCCGCCACUGACGUAAUCAUAGCUUCCAUCCAGUACAGAGUAGGUGCUUUUGGAUUCCUCUACUUGGAACCAGAACUGGCCAGAGGGAGCGACGACGCUCCGGGUAACAUGGGACUUUGGGAUCAAGCCUUGGCCAUCCGCUGGAUUAAGGAUAACAUCGCUGCCUUUGGAGGUGACCCAGAACUGAUAACCCUCUUUGGAGAAUCUGCAGGGGGAGGAUCGGUCUCGAUACACUUGAUAUCGCCGGUGACGAGAGGGCUGGUGCGGCGAGGGAUCAUGCAGAGCGGGACGGUGAACGCCCCGUGGAGCUACAUGACGGGGGAGAGGGCCAUCGAGGUGGGGAAGGUGCUGGUGGAGGACUGCGGCUGCAACGUCACCCAGCUCGCCGACAGCCCCAGCAGGGUCAUGGCCUGCCUCAGGGGGGUCGACGCCAAGACCAUCAGCGUGCAGCAGUGGAACUCCUACGGCGGCAUCCUGGCCUUCCCCUCCGCACCCACCAUCGACGGCGUCUUCUUGCCCAAGGAUCCCAUGGAGCUCCUCGUCGAGGGGGACUUCCCAGAGACCGAGAUACUCAUCGGGAGUAACCUCAAUGAAGGUACUUAUUUUCUCCUUUAUGAUUUUAUUGACUACUUUGAAAAAGACGGUGCAAGUCCAUUACAGAGAGACAAGUUUGUAGAUAUCGUAAAUACAAUUUUUAAAAACAGAAGUCAUCUUGAACGUGAAGCCAUCAUAUUUCAGUACACAGACUGGGAGAAUGUAAACCAUGUAAUCAGGAAUCAAGAAAUGAUAGCUGAUGUAGUCGGUGACUAUUUUUUUAUUUGUCCUACAAACUUGUUUGCUCAUACAUUUGCAUCUCAUGGUCUCAAAGUUUAUUAUUAUUAUUUCACCCAGAGAUCCAGUAAUCACAUUUGGGGAGAAUGGAUGGGAGUGAUGCAUGGGGAUGAAGUGGGUUAUGUGUUUGGCCAUCCUAUCAACGACUCCCAUCAGUACAAUGCAAGAGAAAGGGAUCUUUCUCAUCGAAUUAUGCAAGCAUUUUCCAGAUUCGCACUUACAGGGAAACCAGUGUCAGAUGAUGAAUAUUGGCCAACAUACACCCGGGAACAUCCACUUUAUUACAUAUUCAACGCAGAAACAAGUGGUACAGGACUGGGCCCACGUGCAACAUCAUGCGCUUUUUGGAAUGAUUUCAUGCCAAAACUUUACCAUAAUCCAGAUGAUAGUAUUGAGUGUAAUCAAGGUAACGGAAAACCUCCCAACUAUACCAUGAGCAGCACCGCAAUCCCGCAAGUCAUAGGAAGCGGUUCUAACAGAUUUCAAGUAGCCUGGAGCUGUUUAACAGUUUCUCUAAUCUUCAUUGUUUAUGUAAAAUGA